CUCCCGGCAUUGGGUUCGUAGUCCCCGCACUUGAGAAAACAGAUCUCGGUGGAGACCUACGGGAGCUCUCUGCUCCCGGAGCCUCCUCCAAGCUUUGAGGACGUCCCAGUCUCUCUCCUUCUCGCCACCGCCCUCAAGCCAACUUGGAGGAAGUGAUCUGCGGCCGGGGCGGGGAGCCCAGUGCGGGCUGCGCGAGGACGCGAGCGCCAACUGUCCGGACCGGCUGCGGAGAUCCCUGGCGCUGUCGAGGGGGACUCGCCAGGGUGGAGACCGGAUCGAAGGGCUGGGGGCGCGGCGGCCACUCCAGGAGGUCGGGCGGCGAGCGUGACCUCACUGGGAGGGGCCAGCGCGCAGCCGGGGCUCGGAACCCAGCGCCGAGAGCGCCGCGCGGAGCCGAUCGCAGCACCGAGAGCGCACGCCGUGGCCGGGAUGGAGCGCUACAAAGCCCUGGAGCAGCUGCUGACAGAGCUGGAUGACUUCCUCAAGGUUCUGGACCAGGAGAACCUCAGCAGUGCGGCCGUGGUGAGGAAGAGUGGCCUGGCCGAGCUCCUGCGGCUUUACACCAAGAGCAGCGGUUCUGAUGAGGAAUAUAUUUACAUGAACAAAGUGUCAGUCAACAGGGAGCAGAACUCAGCAUCUCCACAUGAAGCGCCCAAGGAGCAGGGUCCACUGGCCAAUGGGGAGGCCAGCCAGCACUCCUCAGCCCCACAGAAGAGUCUUCCAGAUCUUCCUCCACCCAAGUUGAUUCCAGAGCGGAAGCAGCUCACAGUUCCAAAGAUUGAGUCUCCUGAGGGCUACUACGAAGAGGCUGAGCCAUAUGACACCUCCGUCAAUGGUCACUAUGGAGCAUAUCUCCCCACUGGAGUCCCCAAAUGGGCACCGGUGCCUGAAGGAGUCAUUUAUGCCACCAUCACCUUGGAGGAUGGAGAGGCUGUGAGCAGCUCCUACGAGUCCUAUGAUGAAGAGGAGAACAGUAAAGGCAAGGCAGCCCCGUACCAGUGGCCUUCGCCCGAGGCUAGCAUUGAGCUGAUGCGCGACGCCCGCAUCUGUGCCUUCCUGUGGCGCAAGAAGUGGCUGGGCCAGUGGGCCAAGCAGCUCUGUGUGAUCAGGGACACCAGGCUCUUGUGUUACAAAUCAUCCAAAGAUCACAGCCCUCAGCUGGAUGUGAACUUGCUGGGCAGCAGUGUUGUGCACAAGGAGAAACAGGUGCGGAAGAAAGAGCACAAGCUGAAGAUCACGCCGAUGAACGCCGACGUGAUUGUGCUGGGGCUGCAGAGCAAGGACCAAGCUGAGCAGUGGCUUCGGGUCAUCCAGGAGGUGAGUGGCCUGCCUUACGAAGGAACCUCAGAGGGAAACCAGUACACACCAGAUGUCCAGCGCUUGAACUGUCAGAAACCAGAUAUAGCUGAGAAGUAUGUGUCAGCUUCGGAAUACGGGAGCUCCACUGAUAGCCACCCUGAGGUCCCAGAGACCAAAGACGUCAAGAAGAAAUGUUCUGCCGGCCUCAAACUGAGCAACCUAAUGAACCUGGGCAGGAAGAAAUCUACCUCACUGGAGCCCCCAGAAAGAUCCCUUGAGACAUCUAGCUACCUGAAUGUGCUGGUGAACAGCCAGUGGAAGUCACGUUGGUGUUUCGUUAGAGACAGCCACCUGCACUUCUACCAGGACCGGAACCGGAACAGUGCCCAGCAGCCCCUCAGCUUGCUGGGCUGUGAAGUAGUUCCAGACCCCAGCCCGGACCACCUGUAUUCCUUCCGCAUCCUCCACAAUGGCGAGGAGCUGGCCAAGCUUGAGGCCAAGUCCUCGGAGGAGAUGGGCCACUGGCUAGGGCUCCUGCUUUCAGAGUCAGGCUCCAAGACAGACCCAGAAGAGUUCACCUAUGAUUAUGUGGAUGCUGAAAGGGUUUCCUGUAUUGUGAGUGCGGCCAAAACCUCUCUCUUACUGAUGCAGAGAAAGUUCUCAGAGCCCAACACAUACAUUGACGGCCUGCCUAGCCGGGACUGCCCAGAAGAGCUGUACGAUGACGUCGAGAUGUCGGAGCUGACGGCAGUGGUAGAGCCUGCCGAGGAAGUCACCCCUGCUGUAGAUGCUAACAGCGAGAGUGAGCUUGACCGAGUGUACCUGGACCUCACGCCUGUCAAGUCCUUCCUGCACAGCCCCAGUGGGGUACCGGCACUGGCCUCUCUUCCAGCAUUACCACAGCUGGAUGACCUAGCUGAGACCCUCACAGUAGACCCAGGUCCAGGCCCCACCCCAGAUGAGCCACACGCAGGGGCUCCAGAAAGCCUAGAGGAACAGCAGAGGCAGCUAGAGAGUCAGGAGUCCUCGGAGCCCACGGAGCCUACCUUGAGAAUCACCACAGUUAAACUGCAGGCCGAGCAGCAGAGAAUCUCCUUCCCUGCCAACUGCCCUGACACCAUGGCUUCUACCCCCACCAGUGCCAGCCCACCUGUGAAGGACAAGCUGAGGGUGACCAGUGCAGAGAUCAAACUUGGGAAGAACCGGACAGAGGCUGAGGUGAAGCGGUACACGGAGGAGAAGGAAAGGCUGGAGAGGAAGAAGGAGGAAAUCCGGGGGCACCUGGCUCGGCUGCGCAGAGAGAAGCGUGAACUCAAAGAGACGCUGCUAAGAUGCACAGAUAAGGGAGUCCUGGCCAACCUAGAGCAGAAGCUGAAGAAAGUGGAGGAGGAGUGUCGGAUGGAGGAGAGCAGGCGUGUGGACCUUGAGCUCAGUAUCAUGGAGGUGAAGGACAACCUGAAGAAGGCUGAGGCUGGGCCUGUGACGCUGGGCACUGCUGUGGAUACCACCCACCUGGACAACAUGAGCCCUCGUCCACAGCCCAAAGCUGCCACCCCCAACCCCACCCCAGACUGCACCCCAGUCAACUCUGCAUCUGUGCUCAAGAACAGGCCUCUUUCAGUCAUGGUCACAGGCAAAGGCACGGUCCUGCAGAAAGCCAAGGAAUGGGAGAAGAAAGGAGCCAGUUAGGAAACAAGAAUCACCCAAAGACUCUAUGUCAGUGUGGACCUGGUGACAAUCCUGCUUCGGUCAAGUCUUUGAUAAACAGCAGCUCUGAGGAAGGGUGAGUCUGUGCAGAAGAAAAAGCAAGGAAUGAGGUGUCGUGAAUGGAGCUUCGGUUAGAGGAAGGCACAGUCUCCUCUUCAAGCCAAAGGGAAUGCAGCAGCAGCGGCGGCUUCUCCGGAGACCUAAGUCUACUGGCUGCCAAUGAGACAUUGUACUUUUUCUUUUUUAAGAUUUCAUCCAUCAAUCUAUUGUUUUAUCAAGAUUUUUAAGUAGUGAAAAAAUAGCCACAUGGCUUUGAGUGACAAGAAAAUCUAGCCUUCUGACCCCUUAUCUUUUAUCCUCUAUCUGGCAACAUUAAGGGUUAAAUUACCCUUGACUCCACACUGGUGGGCCCUUACAUGGUCUUUGAUGAUCUUAAAGAGUGUUAGCCACCAAUGGUGUGAACUCUGGAGACCAGUAACAGGGACAUAUUUGGAACCAAGCUAAGACACUGACCCCACUAGGGACUUUCCCCCAAGUCCACGGCAGUUGAUUCAACCGCCUUUAACAGACAAACUCUUAAAUGCUGUAUUGUAUAAGGGAAACUCCCUGUGUUUACAGACUGUUCUGUGGCCAGGCCACUUUUAAGAAAAGAGUUAGUUAAUGGCCUCUUCAUUUCCAUCUUAAAGAUGUUUUUAAUUUCUGGUCCUCUUGCAAGAAAAACAGCGGUGAGUUAGAGUAUUGGCAGCCAGGGCUGACCUUUUGUGGGCUGUCUCUCUGUGAUGGCAUUAACACAGGUUGAAACAUUUCAUCUAUCACCCACCCCAUUUCUGGGCAUUCAGAAUCAGUUAGCGAACACUGGUUCCUGAAGGCUAAAUGUUUUUAUGCAUAUUGUCUUUCUAAUCCCAGGGCAUUUAUUUCCUGUGUCAUAAACACUUGGUGACCUUUAUCAAGUGGUGAGUUAGAUUUUUUUAAAUAAAACAUUCAUUAUA